CUCUUUCCCCCUCUUCCAGCGAGCCUGGAAACUUCAGGGCUUCCCUUCUUUCCUGAUUUCCAGCUCUUUUGCCUCCCUGCUGCCCCAUGAAGGCUGGAGCAGCUGCCCUGGCAGCCGGCAUCCUCGGCGGCAUCGGUGUCUUGCUCUUUCUGGUCGCUUUUGGGACGGACUACUGGCUGCUGGCUACCGAGACCUGUGGCACCUUUGAGGGCACCAAUAGCACUCUGCAGGCUGAGGAGGCUGAAACACCGACAGAGGUCAGGAGGGAACUCCUCACUUUCCAUCAUGAGGGCUUCUUCUGGAGGUGCUGGUUCUUUGGCGAGGGCCACCCAGAGACCAUCUGGACCUUCUGGUACACCAGCCAAGCACAUCCCAAGUUCUGCAUGCAUGGCUACCUUUUUCCUAUGCCCAUUGCUCUUGGACCUUUCCCCCAUCCUUCCUAUGACACAACUGCAGUGUACAGAGGCUUCUGGACGGCGUUCAUCCUGCUGGCUGUCGCCGCCGGGCUGGUAGGAGGGCUGCUGCUGGUCUGUGGUGUGCCCUUCGUCAGCCCCAGCUCCUACAAAGCUGGAGGUGCAUUCCUCCUCAUCUCAGGAGGCUUAUUCCUGCUGCUGGUGUUUCUCUUUGUGAUGUGGAAGGAGUUUGCUGCUGAUUUUCAGAAGUACAUCCUCCUGGAGAGAAGCGAGAAGUGCCUGGAUGAUGUCCCCGUGCAUGUCUACUACGGGUGGUCCUUCAUGUUUGCUGCAGCUGGCGUGCCCCUGGUGUUACUGUCCGGACUCCUCUUCUACCUGGUUGGCAGAGACAUGAAAGCCUCGGAGUAAGGCAGAUUUGGAGAAGGCCUUUGAGAAAAUUGGUGACAAAACAUAUGUGAGUUUUGGGACUAGGUGGGUUUUGUAGCUAGAAUUACCAGCAUAGGUGCAUGAGUACACCCAGGCUUGAGCGGGGGCAGGCAUGGAGCACCCAGCAUCCAACCACUGCCAGUCCAAACCCAGCCCCAGCUGAGCAUCCAGCUUCAGCACUUUUCCUCUCUGGAGACAUCCAGACGUGCCUCUGGGUCCUGCAGCAGCCUUCUCUGCCACCCCUGCUGUGGAAGCAGCUCCCUGGCUGCCAGCAGAGCUCCGCAUCCAUAUUCAGCAGAGCAGGAGUUUUAUGGCAUUCCCAGCAUCCUUGUUUCUUGUAAAAGGUAAUCGAAUCUGGCUGCAAAGCUCUAUGCCAUAAUGUCUACUUCUGAAAAGCAAUUAAGGAUGAUUUUUUUCCUUUUAUAAAGCUGGCUCUAAUUGACCUCAAAGGAGAACCUUUUUAAUGGGAUGUCGGGAAACGUGGGAAACUGGAGGGUUUUUUUGUUGUUGAAAGUCCUGAUUCUCAAGGUUUGAAUGUACCUGGACCUAACCUACCUAGCAGUAAGUUUCAAUAAACCAAUUUCUGUGGCAUGAAAUCUCA